AUGGCUGUUCCAUUGGUGAAUGGGCCCUUGCACAGCGAGGGCCGAAAAUCUACAUAUACCACCACUGCGCUCAAACGAUGGUCAUGUCACAAUAGCGGAGAGCUACCUGCUGUCCUGCAGAUUAAAACUAUCCAUGUCUACGAUUUUGAUAAUACCUUGUUUUCGAGCCCUCUCCCUAACCCCCAAUUAUGGAAUGGGCCAACGAUUGGCUUCCUUUCUACCUACGAGUGCUUUGCAAAUGGAGGAUGGUGGCAUGAUCCCAACAUUCUUGCUGCAACGGGACAGGGAAUUGAGGCAGAAGAGCCCGUGGGUUGGAAAGGGUGGUGGAAUGAGCAAAUAGUACAAUUGGUGGAACUCAGCAUGAAACAGAAAGAUGCGUUGACGGUUCUGCUCACUGGUCGGGCAGAGGGCCCGUUCGAAAGCAUCAUCAAACGGAUGGUGAAAAGCAGAAACUUGGUCUUUGAUCUGGUUUGCCUGAAACCAGAAGUCGGCCCGAAUAGCCAGCGGUUUUCAACCACAAUGAACUUUAAGCAGACUUUUCUCGAAGAUCUGGUGUUUACCUACAAAAACGCCGAAGAAAUCCGCGUGUAUGAAGAUCGGAUUAAACACGUAAAAGGAUUCCGCGAGUAUUUUGAAAAGUUGAACCGGUUUUUACAAUCUAACCCGCAUCCUCAGCCACGGAAACCCAUCCACGCUGAGGUUAUCCAAGUUGCGGAGGGUGCCACUUUCCUUUCCCCUGUCACUGAAGCUGCUGAGAUUCAGCGGAUGAUCAACUCGCACAAUCAGGCUCUUGCAUCGACUUCAGGCAAUAUCACCAAAUCGCCAUACGGGAGAUUGAGAAUAAAACGCACAGUUUUCUUUACGGGAUACCUCCUAUCCAAUACAGACUCAUCCCGCAUCAUCAAUUACAUCCUAAACCCCUUGAUACCACCCAGUCUUUCCGAUUCAAACGACAUCAAGUUUAUGGCCAACUCCAUUCUCAUUUCCCCGCGUCCGGUGUCCAAGUCCAUACUCGGCAGGGUAGGUGGUAUCGGGAAGACACUCAGAUGGCGAAUCACCGACACAGGAGUGUACGAGAAUAAACUCUGGGCCGCCAGAGUAACGCCCGUUGUGGAAUCGGAAGUCAUAUAUACCGAAAGCCCAGAACCGAUCUUGGUCCUCGCGAUGCGCAAGGGCGUACGACCUGCCGACGCCAGCCGGAUUCGCAACUGGCAGCCAGUCAUAGGUGAUAAUGCGCUCGUCUUCGACACAACCGUCGGCCAAAAGAUGGCGCUAAAAAUCGAAGAGGAGAUCUCUGAGGACGGUGAAUGGGAUACUAUACCGCCCUACAAGAACAACAAGCGUAAAAUCGCCCAGCAGAUCGCUAUGCGUGAGGAUGAAGAUGUGCCUCUUCCCCGGUUCAUGCGGGAAAAUAACAACAACAAUAACACUAGUAAUAAUCGGGAACGCGACCCUCCUCGCAAUUACGGAACAAAUACCCAUGCGACCACGAAUCAGGAAUACCCCUCCUAUCACAACCGGAACAAUAACCCCGUCUACCCACGCUACCACGGCGACAGCGGAGGCGGAGGCCCAAGCGGAGGUGGUGGCGGAGGUGGAAGUAGAUACUAUGACAGUGAGGGCCCCCCCCGACGUGGUGGUGGGGCUGGCGGAGGCAGCGGCGGUGGUGGCCCCGGUGCCAACUAUCGAGGAAGUCGUGGACGUGGGCGUGGAGGACGAGGGCGAGGGCGUGGCCGUGGUGGUGGCGGUGGUGGUGCUGGCACGGGAGGUGGUGGGCCCUCGGGGUCUCACCAAUAUCGGUCGUUGGAUGAUCAUGUAGGUGGUGGUGGAGGCUAUGACGGGACGGGGGCAGGGACGGGUGAUGAGAGGAGGUUUGGAGGGGGUGGGGGUCCUGUUAUGAAUUAUUGA